GCCUACAAGAAGUUCUAAACAUCUAAAAGUUAAAAGUAAAAGAGUAAAUAUGUUCCGACAAAUAGUAAAUAAGGCUUCAAGAUUCACCAAUGUGACAUCUGAACAGUUAUGCUCAUUUUCUUCUUCCACAUCUAAAAGCAGAAGAUCAGAUUUAAAUCAAGUUCAGUUAAUGGGAAAUGUAGGAAAAACACCAGAAUUGAAAAUGAAAGGUCACGUUAGCUUUCCCUUAGCAAAUCACUCCAAUUUUAAAGACAAAAAUGAUGAGUUUGUCCAUAGAACAACAUGGCUCAAUGUAGUAGUUUCAAAACCAUAUUUAAAAGACUAUGUCACAGAAUAUAUUGAAAAAGGGGAUCAAAUAUUUGUAACUGGAAGUAUAAGAGCGAGUUCAUAUCAAGAUGAUGAGACAGAGAGAAGUAUACAAGCAAUUUAUAUUGUUGCAGACAAUGUUAUUAGUGUUAAGUCUAAGUCAAGACCACGAGAAUAUCAGAAUACAGAAGAACAUGAACCGUUUCGGCAGGAGGAAGAUAGUUUUACCUCAGAAUCAGUGGAAGAAACAAAGUCUUCAUUUUAAAGACAAGCCUACAUAGAUUUCUAUCUUAUUUCUAUAUAUCAGUGAUAAACUGUAUAGCUGUAUAUAAAGGAAUGAUUGUCAAGCUUACUAGUUUUACUAUACUUGUAUAUUAUGUGUGGUAAAGGAUAAGUUCAAAAUAUAUUCUCUAACAUUAUAACAUCAAAUGCAUAUUUCAAAACAUAGACUAGAAAAGGAUGAGAUUGCUGAAAGAAAGUGGAAUUUGACUUUCAUCUUUUGGAGAUUUCAGUGACAUUGAUCAAUCUGUUUGUUUUCUUUUUUAAUGUUUCAUGUUUUUUAUGCACAUGACUCCACUUGCCCUCCAUGAUCUGACAAAAUUGUUAUGCAUAGUUCUUGUUCUAGUGGGUCAUGAUGUAAAAGAAUUUAUAAAUAAAUGAGAGGAGUUUACCACUUACCACUUUAAAAGGGACAGAUGCACUAUUUGACCAUUCAUACCUUAGUCUCAGAAACAGAAAGGUUUUAGCUAAGCCAAUCGGUAUAGUGUAUAAUUUUCAAACACUACCAUAUAGAAAAGACAUCUAUAGAAAUAAGAAAAGAAAUUCCUAUCUUGAGGUAUUUUUUAAGGAAUUGUACAAUUUUCGUACAUUUCUAGUACUUCUGAAGACUAUUUACAUAUUAUAUUCAAGACUCAAAUCAACCUCCUAAAAUUGUGCAUCUGUCCCUUUAACAAUGGUUUUAAUUUGUCAUAACAUGAAUUCUUACAACUUAUAUGAUAUAUUUCGUUAGAUCAUGUAAUAAAAAAUCUGUAUUUUAGGUAGAUUUUGAUAUUGAGCUCUAUGUAGUAGGCCUAUUAACAAACCGCAAAACAAAACCUGAAAUCCAAAAGAAAAUAUCGGCAAAAGCAACUUUUCAUAUGAGGAAGUAUAUCAAUCAUUUCAAGUAUUUCAUUAUAAAAAUUGGUAGGCCUAUCAGGUGUCUAGAAGAGUAAGCAUACCCUGCUAUUGCUGCGAUUGACACAACCUUGUGUCCUGUCAUCUCAAAUUUUUGUAUGAUUUGAAUCUGCCAGUUCCUCAUUUCUAUGUAACAUUUUUGUAAAUCGUGAAAUGGAUUAAGCCAUUAAUUCAUCAUUUAUAGUAUUUUAGUAAUUUAGUAUUAAAAACAUUGAAAAUUCUGAAUGGACUCACUCAUAUUUAUUUACAUUAUAUUUGUUUAUUUUAGCCAUUUUGUUUUGGAUUUUGAAACAACAAGAAAAAGAGUUGUGAUUUUGUUAUAUGUUUUACGCUCUAAGAAGGUGUAUAGAACACAAUUGUGAAUAUGUCCAAGAACAAGGAUAUGGUUACCCCAACCACAUUUCACAUUUUCAUGCUGUUUGGAGUCAUGUCUUAUACCUUGACUGCAAUAGCCACCUUUCUUGUGUUACAAAAGUUCGUAGAUUCAGCGAUAGAUGAAUUAUUAUUUAGCAAAUACAGAAAAUCUGUUAACCAUUCGACACUAUGUCUUUUUGUCAAGUGAUCUGAUUGGCUGUAUUUGAUGGCAUACAAUCCAACCUAAUCGCUGCAUUAAUUGAUACAAACAAAAAAAUGGCUAUUGAAGUCCGGGUAUAGACGCUGUUCGUAAUAGCUUGUGAUGAUGCCCCACAGAAAGAGACAUUUUUUUUUUAUAAUAAAAAAUUAGAUUAGCUUAUUAGUUAUGGAGAUUGAGUGUUUUGUUCUGUUAGAUUUAAUAUUGAAUAAAUGAUGUAAAUUU